CCUCAACAUUCCAAUAUGGCUACCGAAGUCACUGUGAUCUGACAGCUUCUACGACUUUCAAUGAAAUAAAAGCUAUUUGUUAUGAAAAUAAUUGUUUGACUGGGAUAAUUUCAUUCUUAGGUAUAUUUGUGACAAGACAUACCACUGAUGCCUGAAGAUAUAUAUUGUGAUCAAAAAGUUGAUUAAUGUUGUAUGUUCAAGAUGAAAAGCAAGAUGGUAACUCAAGCUAAACUACAAUACUAUAGACAUAAUUAUUGUCUGGUUUGUAUGACAGGUAUAUUAGGCUGUCGCUGGCAUCGUUAUAAACAAUCAACUAGAGACAGUAGAAAGAGAGAUCUAUUAUGGUUUGUGUUAUUUGUGCUAACAUUCCUCUUUAUAACCUUCCUAUUCUACUUCUGGUUGGUAGCAAAAAAUGAUUAUGAUGAUUUAAAUUGGCAAAUGUUAAAAUAUGUCAAGACUUGGUUGCCAUGGUAUAGAAUAAUGUUGGGUUUAACCUGUGUUUCAUUUGGGUAUCUCUUUAUAGUUAUGUUUCUAUAUUUGUGUCAUGCUAUUCAUGGUCAUCAACUUUAUAUACAUCCAGUUCAUAUAAUAUUAAUUUCAUUGACCUUCCUGUGCUGUAUAGCUAUGUGCAUAGCCUUGGAUAACCAGUGGUCAUCAGAAUGGACUGUAAUUUACUUAUCAUUACAGAUUACAGGACCAUUUUUACAAAUAGGUGCUGUAACUAUAUUAACAGCUUUGACAUGGUUAAUAUCAGGACAAUGGUUCAAAAUUGCUAAAAUAGCUGUAAGAUGGAGUAGUUUGUUGUUUUAUAUAGCUGUAAUGAUUGGUUUAUACAUCUCACCUCUCUAUAUUAACUCUCCGUGUGUUAUUGAGAUCAAUCAACUACCUGUUAAACCUAAGAUAAUAGCACAUAGAGGUGAUUCUGGGCUGGCCCCAGAAAAUACAAUGAUAUCAUUCCAAAAAGCUCACGAACAUGGUGCAUAUGGCUUUGAAUCUGAUGUUGUGAUAAGUAAAGAUGGAGUCCCAUAUUUAAUGCAUGAUAGUACCUUAAGAAGAACAACUAAUGUAAAAGAAAUAUUUCCUGAAUUAGCUGAUCAACAUGUAUCUUGGUUUAAUUUUUCGGAUGUUGAAAAAUUAAAUGCUGGUCAAUGGUUUUUAAACACGGAUCCAAUGUGGAAUGUUGGUGAUCUGACGGAAGCCGAUAAAGAAAUCUACAGUAAACAAAAAAUUCCAACACUAACAGAAAUGGUGCGAUUAGCUAAUAAAACAGGGAAAAUAGUAAUGUUUGAUUUACGCUUACCACCUAAAGGACAUCCAUAUUAUAAUACAUCAGUACAAAGAACAAUAGAAGCAGUCAUAGAAGGUGGUUUAGAUUUAGAUAGAUUAUGGUGGUUACAGGAAACCGAGUUAGACAAGCCUAGAGGUGUCUUUAUGACUGCUGAAUGGGCACAACCGGUAGAUGAAUUAGAGAAAAAUAAUAUUACUAAUUUAAAUGUACGGUAUACAGAAAUAACAGCAGAUCAAAUAAGAAAUUAUAAAAAAGUGAAUAUAUCAACUAACAUAUGGAUAGUUAACACCAAAUGGUUUUUCUCCUUUUAUUGGUGUAUUGGCACUCAUUCCAUUACAUCCAAUCAUUGUGAAAUGUUUCAAAAUAUGGAAACUCCAGUCUGGCAUCUGUCGCCACAAAAUUAUUUGAUAUUAUGGGUAACAGUGGAUGUAUUGUCUGCUGUUAUUAUCACAGUUAUAUUUAUCAUUCAGAGGGUACGACUUUAUGGUACAUCAUUCAGCCCAGAAACAAUAUCAUUGAAUGCAGCGAAACAUAAAAAUGGUUAUAAAUCUAGAAAUAUGAAGGAACAAUUAUUACGAACAGAAGGGGGUUUAGAACACUUUGAUGACCUUGACAGGACAAAUAUGGGCGUGUUAAAUCAGCCAGUUGCUUAUUCAAUGGCAUCAAUCCCCGGUGAUAGUAGUUAUAUGCCGUACAGAGAACCAGAAGCAACCAGACCUGAUGCUAAAUAUGAAGUGGAAUAAACAUAUAUUUUUUAAAAUUUAUUUCUAAUGUUAAUACAAUUGAUCCUACAGGUGACCUCAUGUCGACUACAGAAGUCAACUGUUGACAUAUAUGCGCAUUUAGAACUCAACUAAACCCAAAUAUUUUCAUACAGUGAACCUCAUUUCAGUUUAACAGGUUCUACAUGUACAUUAAUUAUAACAUUCUUCACAUUCCACAGUUUUUUAAUCUGAAAUAUAGACAGAUUUCUUUGUGGGACAAAAUUACUAUCCUAAAAUGAGAACAAUUCAUUUAAGUCGAUAUAAUGCUAGUUGUUUUGACACACACACACAAGAUCCUGUUGUAUAGUCUUCAUGGGGCCACCAUACAUCAGUAAUUAACAUCUAAAUUAUUAUAAUCAAAAUGUUUAUCGGUGACUUUUUCUUAUACUGUUGAAUAUCAAUAUACAUCUUGAGGAAAUAUUAUUUUUGAAAUCUUCUAUGUUCCUGUUAGAAUCAGGACUACAUUUUAAUAACUGGUUUUUGAAUCCAUACAACAAUUUCAUUUUUCUAAUUUUGUGAUGCCAUAUGAAGUGUUGGGAAUUGAUGGAAAUUUAUUAUAAAUCAGUUGCUGGGAAUGUUGACAGUAAAUUUCUUUUUUUAUUGAGAUAAAAGUUGAAUUAUUUUUGGGGAUUACGGAAAAGUACAAACACUAGCCAUCAGACAUUUAAGUGUAAUAAUAAGAAGAGAGUUUUUUUUUUUAUGAAAGAUGUUCGUGAGAUUUCAAAUGGCAUAUAAUAGUUUGUUGUUAUUAGUGCUUGAAGAACGUGUUUGCUUAUCAUUAAGUUAAGUUUUUGUUACAAGCUUUGUUAUUAUUGUUUUGUUUUGAUAAGUACUAAAAUAUGGUACAUUGCACUCAUUUAUUACCAGUAUAAAUCUUCAGUUUAAACUUUUAAUUCCAUAUAUGUUUUGAAAUCUUUUUGUAUAAUUUGUUAUUGAAAAGAAUUUCUGUGAAAAGGGAAAUAACUCUUGAUUUAGGUGACAGUCUUCAUUAUCUCGUGUCUGUAUUUACUAAAAUGUUAAUACAUUCAAGAUUUCUAUACAUUAAAUAUUUCUUAAAAUCCAUGUUUAGGAUUUGAACAGAAAUGGAAUUUAAAUUGAUGAAUGAUGAUAUUGGGAUAGUGAAAGUUUUCAAAAUACGAGAACAAUGCAAAAUGAAUUACAUGCCAUUUUAUAAUGGGUAUCAAAAUCUACUGUCAGAUGUUGUAAAAUGGAUCUUAUACAUGUAUUUAUUUAUUGCAUAUUUUUACAGAUAUUGUAUUCAGUAUGAAUUUUGUAAAGUAAAUAUAAUGUCGUAGCCAUAAAUAUAUUUUUUAAGAUGUCAAAUUUAUCUUAAUGCUUGCCAUGUGGAUGUUUUUCUGAAAGAAGUACAUGCAGUUCAUUUCAAAUUAAACUGUGGGAACAAUUUGUCUGUCUAGAUGUAUUUGAUAUGUAAAUGUUAGUCUAUUGUAUUUUGAUAUCAAAACAGUAAAGAAGCUAUGAGAAUAAAAUAUAUUAUUGUAUUUACUCAGAUAUAGAUGGAAUAAAUUCAGUAGAUACUUUAAUACAAGAAAAUGAAGCAUUCAAUGUGGCCUAAAUAAAGAACAAAGUGGUUACCCUGUAAAUUAGCCAUAUAGUCAAAUCCCCCCUCAAAACAUUUGUGAGAAAUUAGAUAAAUAGUAAUGUGGCUAUCUGUUGGGAAAGAAUGAACUUAAUUCUGGGAUAAUGUUCACACACAGAUCUUAACCAAAGCAAAUGAGAGCAAAAAUAAUCUGGGAUUGACUCCAAAUGGGUCAUCUUAAUCAUUUUGUAUAGCACCUUCACUUAAUGGUUAAUAGGUAGUGGUUACUCUUUGAUUAGAAGUGUAUUUUAUUGACUCAGUAUAUUGAGAUUCUGGUAAUGUCAAACAUGUUGAAAAGUGAUAUGUAGAAUUAAAAUUAAAUCAAAGGGCUGUUGCUCUAUUUCAAAAUAACACAUAAAAUUAAAUCAUAUCUAAGAUGUCCAAUAUCUUUAACUGUCUAGAUACUGGCAUUAGUAUCACCAAGUUUACAUUGUAUAUAUUUUUAAUAUUGAUAUUUGAAGGAGACUGUGAUAUGUGUGCGGUAUCAAGUUAACAAAUAAUAACAUAGAUCAGAAAUAGUAAAUUAAUUUGUGUGAAAACUAGAUAAAUCUUCAUAAUUUCUAAUGUAAAUAUUUCUUUAAGAUCACAAUGAACUGCCAUAUGAAAUAUGUGAUUUAUAGUUUCAGCUUAAAAAUCCGAUGACAAUAAUGUGUUUAUAUCAAUCAUUCCAUGUACCAUACCGUCCUUUAUAGUACCCUGUCCUUACCAUUUAUGAAUCCUAAUUACAAAAUGAUCCAAUAUACAUACUAUAAAGUUGCAUGGAAUUUAAUCUAUUUAUAUGGGACCAAUCUGUAUAUUUAUUUAUUUUUGUACCCACCCAAAACUUUAUCCUUGUAGAUUACCCCUUUUGUUAUUUUUAGAAAGUGUGGAAUAGAAUAAUGAUGUAGAUAAUUUAUCUUACUUGAAAUUAUUACCUCUUAGAAAAACUCAAGUCGGGUACCAUGUACAGUAUAUUGUCAUAAUAGUAUUAAAGUAACCUCAAACACUAUGUAAAGUCUCACCGAAUAGACAACAUAUAUAGCUCUAGUCUCAUACUUGAGAUUCAGUCAGAUUUAUUAAUAUACUAUGCAUAUUUUGAAGUAAUUAAAUCAGAAAAAAAUUAGAGAGUCACUUUGAUUUGUGCAUAAACACUCUUCUGUCAUUAGCCUAUAUAAUAACAAUUAUAAUAGUUUAGUUUCUGUUAUGACAAUUAUAUCAUUUAUUAAUAACAAUUUUAGUAUUAGAUUAGUCUGUAUAAGAACAACAACACAAUAAUUAUAUGUGCAUGUAGUUGUAAAUCAAUUAAUAUAGUAACUUACAUAUCUUCUUUUAUAUACAUGCAGUGUUGUAUAAUUAAUACAAAAUUUAAUUUAUAUGCAUAAUCAAACCUGUUUUAAUAUCAUUGUAAUGUAAUACACUAUUUUUAUUUGUUACUUUGUGUCUGUUUGUUUUGUUGCUGUUAUUUAUUACUUAUAGUUUUAUUUAGUUAAAUAUGCAUUAGAUGUAUGUUGAAUCCAAUAAUGUUCUUGUAAAUUGGCCCCCAAAAUUUUGAAAAGAAAAAUACCAUAAUGUGACAUAAAGUUGCGCAAGUUUAGAAAAUAUGUCACAUACUGUUGCACAAUUUUAGAAAAUUAUGUGUUAAUACAGAGUUCAUGAAUGUAAUCUUUGAAAUUGAUGUUUUUAUAUUGUAUGAUGAGAGAAAAUGUUCCAAUAAGAUAUAUUUAAUUUUAUUUAUCUAUAUAUUUAAAUACAAUCUGUAGUUAUAUUAAUUGCAGUGAACAUAUUUGUAUUCGUCAGAAAUGUUUUUUAGUGAAAAGGUAUUUAUUUGUGUCGUCUGUACUAGUAAUAUAUUAAAACAAGUGUUUCAUAUUGUCUUGACUGUUUAUUUUUUAAAAUUCAUAAUUUGAUUUGUAUUUGCAUGGACUGUAUAUACAGUCCAUGGUAUUUGUGACUGUAUACAAAAAUGUAUGGAGAUGUUUUUGUAUUUGUAAUGUUGUACAUGUAUUUGUAAUGUCUACAUUAACUGACUUGUAAUGUUGUAUUUAAAAUUAUUUAAAUUAUCUUUUUAUACACCCACAUUUUCAUAUGGACGUAUUAUGCCGUCGCCCCUGUCCCUCCGGACGUUUUUAACUUGCGGACACUUUAGAGGUCACAGUUUUCAUUAGAUUUUGAUGAAACUUUAAAUGCAUGUGUAUAACCCAAAAAUCUUGGUUCCUUUUGAUAUUCGCACACAUCGGACCGUAACUUCCUGGAAUAUGGCCCCUGAUUAUACGAAAAAUCAAGAUUUUAGCUUGUGGAUCCUCUAGAGGUCACAAUUUUUAUCCAAUUUUAAAAAAGGUUUAAAUUUAUCACCGUUACACCCUUAUAAUAAUUGAGUUCAAAUUUCGGACGAAAACUGCCUGACAAAAUGGCAUCUCCUAAUUCUCCUUGCACGCAAAUAGUGUAAAAGUAUAUCAUACCAAGGUUGUGGACCCAUCAGACUUUGAUGAAACUUAAAAUAUAUAUCUUUAAAUGUUUAUGUCGCAAAUAUCUCAGUUCCAUUUGCUAUUUGUGUAAAUCAGACCUUAACUUCUUGGAUUGUGGCCCCUGAUUGUACGAAAAAUCAUGUUUUUUAGCUUUUGGAUUCUCUACCAUAAUGAAGGUGGAAUUUGAAUUUCGGGAAAAUCAAAAGGAAACUGCCCGACAAAAUGGCAGCUCUUUGUACGCAAAUUGUGUAAAAGUAUGUAAUACAAAGGUUGUGGACCCUCUAGAGGGCGCAAUUUUUAUCCGAUUUUGAUGAAACUUGAAAUAUAACUCUAUAUCCCAAAGAUCUCAGUCCCUUUUGAUAUUUGUGCAUUUCAGUCCAUAACUUUCUGGAUUAUGGCCCAUGAUUGUAUGAAAAAUUGCUUUUGUUUUUAGCUUGUUCUUUAUCCAUCUCUUGCAAAAUGUGGGCAUAUCUAGACUAAAUUAAUUAAUGCAAUAUGUAAAUAUUAAUGAAUAUCGAUCGAACAGAAGAACAUUGGGUAUGAACUGGGUAUGCGGAUAUGUAAUAACUUAACAGAUAUAUUUUCUAUUUAUUCAUUUAUUUUUUCUGAAUAUUGGGCUUAUAAUCAUAAUAUGUAAAUAGAAUGAAGAAUAUUGCGAUGUAUUGAAGGAUAAUAAAUAGAAUGAAGAAUAUUAAGAUGUAUUGAAGGAUAAUAUUAAUUGUAACUUCAUGAAUGUAUUAAUUUUCCUAAAAAAAACCUUAUAAACUGGUAUUGAAAUUGUAUAUGUUGUUAUAUUUUAUAAAUGUAAUUUAUACCUUACCUGCUUGAUAUAUUUACUCAACAGAGUGUAUUCUACUACAUACAAAACUGGCUAUCUGAUGAUUAUUUUUCAUAAGCCCACAUUGAAAUAUUGUUAUCACCCCUGCCUGUUUGUCAGUUGCCCCAUAGGUUAAAGUUGUGGUUUGAUUUUGGCAUGUAUACACAUUGUUUACAUUCAUGAAAUGGAAAAUCCUGUUACUUUUCAAUAAUCAUCACUAAUUACUUGAUCAGUUUGAAAAAUCUUGUUGGCCACUAAAAUCAUCAUCAGAUUAUAGUGUACAUGUACAGUAGAUGAAGAAACCUACAUAUUUUUAACAAUUUCAUCAACUCAUUGCAGAGUUAUGACCCUUGAUCACUGUGGACAGCUGCUGAAGCUAUUAUACAAUUGACUUUGACUAUGUUCAUGAUUACAAGAACCCUGUAUCAUCUAAUUGCCAGUACAUGAUUUGUUUAUAUUAGCACUAGAAAUAAGCCUAUCAAUUUUAAUCAUUUCUGAUAAAUAUUUUAAUAGUUAUUGGCCUUGAUCACGUGUUGGUGUCUUUUAAAGGCUCACAUUGCCUUCAAAAGAAUAAACCUGUGACAACUUAGUUGCUGUGGGCAUGUUUGUUGGCUGGCAACCCAUCGUUCUACAUUUGUAUACUUCUAAACUAAAUUGCAUCAAAAGUUGACUACUGUUUAGACUUUCAACUAUAUGAAUUACUUCCACCAUAUUGUAAAUUUGUUCCCUCUAUUCUGUUUCAUAAUUUGUAAUAGCAGUAGCAAGUAAUUUAUACCUAUCAGUUGAUAGAAAAUGACAGACAUAUUUUACGUAUAUUCAUGUACUAUAUUUUUACACCCUAACUGGGAAGUAUGAUUGAUUUAUCUAAUAAACUAUAAAAGAGGA